AUGCGGGGCGGCCCAGGACGCGCGUUCCACGUGGCUUGCCCUCACACCGGGGCGGCCAUCUGCAGAUGCUCACUGGGGGGCCCGAAAGAGGUGUCGACUCCCCUGUCCUCCCAGCAGUACUACCAACAGGCUCGUGCGCUGUGGGAGCUCUGGAAGGACUCAAGCGGGAUGCUGCAAAAAAGGGCCGGCGUAGACGUCAUGGUUCCUGCACUGUACCGCCGGGAGUUGACAGUUUGCGAGAAGGACAACGAGAUAGAAGGUGACCUGCCCAGCUCUGAGGAUGCCAUGAAAGCUCUGAAGACUGCCAAAAGGGCUGCUGUAGAUCUGGCAGCCAAGGCAGCAAAAUUGGCGACAUCUAUUGGAAUGGAGAGCAAGCAGGUCAAAGGGAUGGGUGACAAGCCUGAACCCAAGAGCCCAAAGAGGCACAGGAAGGGAUGUGAUGCACUACAAGCCGAGAUCACCAAAUUGGAAGAAGAAAUGGUGGCUAUGGAUGCUGAGUGGCAGGCGUUGGAGGCUGACAAAAGUAGCAAAGAAGAGAAUAUUAAACAGAAGAUUAGACAAAAAGAACAAAAUUUGGCAGAGGCAGAGAGGAGACGAACAGAGAAGAGUAAAGCGCCACCUCCAAGCUACCCAGGCCCAACCAGAAAUUUGAGCCAGGAGCAAGGGUCACCUGGCAGCGCCCAGAUCAAACAUCCUCCACACCAACCUCCAAGUGCAAGAGAGCCACAGAGCAAGAAAGCGCCACAAGGUGCCAGACCACAAGAUGGCGCCAUGGCACGCCACGUGACAGGGUCAGCACAAGGGACGGCCCAAGCAAAAGAACCCAACCGAAGCACAGGACAAAAGCGACGCUCCGAUGUUCCCCCAAGUACCUCAAAGCGAAAACUAAGCAGGUUGACAGUAUCUGAUUUCUCAGGGGACCUUCUUGGAAGGUAUCUCAAAGUGUUCUGGCCAGACGAUCAGCAGUGGUGGACAGUGCGGGUGCACAGCAUAGAUGCAAAGAACAGAACAGCACAGCUUCUUUAUGAGACAGAUGAGAUCGAGGAGGUGAAUUUGCUGGAGCUCAUCCAACGAGGAGAAGUCGCCUUUCACAAUGAUCGACCACCGCAACAGGCCUUUGGGGUAGUCUCGGAGGCUGUGCCCCCGCAAGCUGAAGCAUCCCUGCCACCCACCAGCCAGGGUGCAGCCAGGGCCGUCGCUGGGCCACCACCCCAGCGUCGAUUCCCCUCCCCCCUUGCUGCGCCCUCCCCUGUGGCUCAGUCCAUGGGUCCAUCGCAGCACAAGCAUCGCAUUGUGGGCCACGGGGGGGCAGCAGCAAUGCCAGCCACGGGACGGCCCCCUAGCCAUGCGAGAGACCUGGGACCAGCAGGACAACUGGAAAGGGGGCCGUUGGUGGAGGCAGGAAGGUCCAUGCCAGUAACUAUCACCAGCAUUCUGCGUUCGGGGUCUUCUGUGAUUGGUCAACGUGUGCAGGUGCUGUUGCCAAAAGACAGGGUGUGGAUGAAAGCCAAGGUGGUUGCUGAGGACCGUGGAAAUGGCAGUUUGGUUGUGCGGCUUGAAAUUGGACCCAAACUAACGUUGAAGGGAAGUGAUUUGGUGCGGUUGGUAUGA